AUGCCUCCCCGUCUUAGCUUCGUCUCACUGUUGUCUCUGGCUGCUGCCUCCUUGGCCGCGCCUGACGCACACCCAAGGUUUUCCUUAAACAAAAGACAACUGCCACAAGACCCAACCGGUGUGAAGAAAAUUGAGACCCCCAAUGGCGUGACCAUUCGAUACAAGGAGCCUGGCAAAGACGGCGUCUGCGAGACGACCCCUGGAGUCAACUCUUACUCCGGAUAUGUCGAUCUGUCGCCCGAGUCCCAUACGUUCUUUUACUUCUUUGAGGCUCGCCACGAUCCCGCAAACGCCCCCAUUACCUUGUGGCUAAACGGUGGACCAGGAAGUGAUUCUCUUAUCGGCUUAUUUGAGGAACUGGGACCAUGCGCUAUUAACGAGAACCUGACAACCGACGUUAACCCGUACUCGUGGAGCGAGGUUUCUAAUCUUUUGUUCAUCUCGCAACCGCUAGGAGUCGGGUUCUCGUACGCCGAAACUGAGGAGGGAUCGCUCAACCCUGUUACCGGCGUUGUCGAGGAUUCUUCCUUCGAUGGUGUCCAAGGCCGUUACCCGAAAAUCAACGCUACUUUAACUGACACCACUGAGCUUGCCGCCCACGCGACCUGGGAAGUUUUGCAGGGUUUCCUGGGUGGACUACCACAGUUGGACAGCGCGAUAAAGUCCAAGGUCUUCAGCUUGUGGACUGAGAGCUAUGGAGGUCACUACGGGCCAGCAUUCUUCAACCACUUCUACGAACAAAACCAGAAGAUUAUCAACGGAACUGUGGACGGUAUUGAACUUAACUUCAACUCUCUGGGUAUCAUUAACGGUAUUAUCGAUGAAGGAAUUCAAGCGGGCCACUACCCUGAAUUCGCAGUGCACAACACCUAUGGCAUCAAGGCUAUCAACGACACAGUCUACAACUACAUGAAAUUUGCGAACGAGAUGCCUAAUGGAUGCCAGGACCAGGUUGCUCUCUGCAAACAAACAAACCGAACCUCAUUUGCCGACUACGCCCUGUGUUCGGAAGCAACUAACAUGUGCAGAGACAAUGUCGAGGGACCCUACUACAACUUCGGCGGCCGCGGCGUUUACGACAUCCGCCACCCGUACGAUGACCCAACACCCCCCGCUCUUUUCGAGCCUUUCCUCAGCCAGGACUGGGUCAUGGAAGCCCUUGGCGUAAGCGUCAACUAUACUUCCUCUAACAACGACGUCUACUACGCCUUCCAGCAAACCGGCGACUUCGUCUGGCCCAACUUCAUCGAGGACCUCGAAGAAAUCCUCACAUACCCAGUCCGCGUUUCCCUCAUCUACGGCGAUGCAGACUACAUCUGCAACUGGUUCGGUGGCCAGGCCGUCUCCCUCACCGUGAAGUACCCGCACUCCAAACAGUUCCAACAGGCCGGCUACACCGGCCUUCUGGUCGAUGGUGUUGAGUAUGGCGAAACCCGCGAGUACGGCAACUUCUCGUUCACCCGUGUUUACGAGGCUGGCCAUGAAGUCCCCUAUUACCAGCCCGAGGCCUCUCUGCAGCUGUUCAACCGCACCCUGUUUGGCUGGGAUAUUGCGGAAGGCACCGUCCAGAUUUGGCCUGGGUAUAGCACUAAUGGGUCGGCAACGGCGACUCACUCUGAGUCGUUUGUGCCCUUGCCGACGGCUACGCCUUCGGCGUCGCCUAGCUCAGGUCUUUUCUGA